AUGCAUUGUCGAAUGCAGCUUUAUUGUCCACUUGGGCUCUCAUUUGAGAGUAAUACACGAGGUCACGUCCCGCUGUUUCCCGCGACAUCGGUGGCUCGCGCUUGCGUCGCCGGCGCGUGGGACGCGGUACGCCAGCCUCCGAUGAUACUACUGCUGCAGUAUAUUGUGUGGGUGGAUAAGGAGAACAUGCAGGCUGUUGGAGAGGAGAAUCAUCUGGUUAUAUGA